CUGGACGAAUGACUGGCGGGCGCUGGGUUGGAUGUGGGCAUUCUGGGAAACGAUGGGACCGACCGGCGCCUGAACAUGGUGUCUUGACAGCCGUUGUCGAUCGCGAUCUGUUGUUCGGCCCGCACCCUGCCUUCCCUGCACCCGCCGUUCCAAGACCCUGGCCUGCAACACCCAGGACAUCUUCGAGCCCACACCAACAUAUCGGAUCUGUCGAAACGCAACCAUCGAGCCAUGAUCAGAAAGCCCGGCCAGUCUGGCAGAAGGUAUCGUCCGCGGCCAUCCAGCAACCAAGCCGACGAAGAGGAAGAGGCCACUUUCCGACCGGACCCUGUUGAGGACGAGCAAUCCGCAAUCCGGCCCGACAGCCGCGCCGUUCUGUUGCAGCAUCUUCUUGAGUCUGACGAUGCCGAUUCAGGCCGAGCUGAACGAGUCGUUACCGAACGGGACACAGCAGAAACAUCGGAUGCCACCCUACCGGAUUUCUCGAAGCAUCUAGAAUCUGCGCUCUCACGAGCCAAAUAUCGCAUUGCCUGUCGCAGCUCGCCCCAGUUUGGUCGAAGCAUCUACGCGAUGGAGGACAUACCAGCUGGCGCAACAGUCUACGAGUGCGUCCCUGCUGCCUGUGUUGUCGACGAUGCCCACCUGUCUCGCUUCUGCAGUGGCUGCUUCCAACCAAACGGCCGAUUCCGCUGCUCUCGCUGCACCAUUGUCCACUACUGCUCCGAGAUUUGCUUGAAGAGUGAUUGGCCCUUUCACAAGACUGAAUGCAAGGGGUUCCAGAACGUAGCGCCUCGCAAACCCACAACCGCUGUGAGACAGGUCGGGCGGCUGCUCACACUCCAACAAACACCGUCUCCCUCCAGCAUCUUGAUGCAGUCGCUCGUCACCCAUCGAGGCGACUACUCGACAUCACAUCUCGAGGCAUUCACACAGAUGUCGGUGCUUGUCAAAUUGAUCCGGAAGCACGAGCAGCUCGAGGCCAGCACGAUGCUCGACCACUUUUGCAGGAUGGGAUGCAACAGCAUGACCAUCUGCGAUCGCGAACUGUCCGGUAUUGGUGUCGGACUCUAUCCAGAGCUGUCGCUCUUGAACCAUUCCUGCGAUCCCAACUGCUUCCUGGUCUUCUCGGGCUGCAAGGCUUCCCUCCGAGUACUGCGACCCAUCCAUCAAGGCCAGCAGCUGUUUUUAAGCUACAUCGAUGUCACCGAUCCGGCGGGACUCCGGAAGAAGGAACUCGGGAGUCGCUACUUUUUCGACUGCAAAUGCACACUCUGCGAGAACGAGGCCGAUGACCCCAGACACCGCUGGAGCUGCCUCGAUUCCGCCUGUACUGGAUUUGUAUGCGUGACAGACCCGUUUGAGGAGCUCCAAACAGCAGCGUGUUCUGAGUGCGGCCCACUUGAAAUCAGCAAGCUGGAGGCAUUUGAGAGACGGAGAAAAGAUCUGGCAGCGUCUCACAUCAAAACCGCCAAAAGCCAGCAUUCGGGCGAGUUGCGACGACAGGUCGAACAAGCCAGGUCUGUCCUCAAGGCGGGCAACACACUAUUGGUUCGGGCGCUCAAGCAGUUGCUCGAUGUCCAAAUCUCGAGCGGGGUCUGGGAGGAUGCACUGCCAACAUGCAGCGAGCUGCUCGACAACUACAAGCAAAUCCUGGACCCUCGGCAUCCGACUAUCGCCAUCCAGACGUUCGUUCUCGCCAAGCUGGCUUCGGCAGCCACUCCCCAGGAUGCCGCACACAGGCCCGAAUGCCGCGCACAACUGACUUGGGCUGUUCAAAAGAUGCGGGAUGCUGCACAGGCAACCGAGCGAUCGAUGGGCACAGCACAUGCGCUGCAUCGGGAGGUGGCGGAGACUCUGGGCGGAAUCGAGGCCGAGCUUGCGGCCAUGGCUGUCCCAUGAAUUGUCGACCAUGACGAAGCUCGCUCAAAUUGAACCUGGAGACCAGGAAUAUGUGACAUAGACGACUUGCGCGUUGCCUGGUUUGGAUGUCACCAGUCGAAGCUCGCACUCCGGUGAAGUCCACUUGCUGGGGAUGGAGACUUUGGCAGCAACCGUCUCGACAUUGCUGGCCGAGUACGAUGUGAGCCGACGAUGGAGUGUUUCUGGACGAGCAAAAUGAUGUGUUCCAAGGUGUGCACUCUAUAUAUGAGCAAAUGGGAUCCCAUAUGCGGGCCAAGUAUGCGUCUAACAACGCUAUACGCAAUACAACAGAUCACUUCGGCAGCCCUCGAGUGAAGGCUGUGGGUCGCCUCUCU